AUGUCUUUGCGCUCCUGGACCCCCGAUAAGGGGUUUAUCAGCGAGAAGAUGGUGCGGCCAGCCUCGGUCUCCACCAGCCUCUCCCUGGAGCUGUGCACCUUCCCCACCACCCUGGGCUCCUCCGUAGCGACCACGGCGUUAGAGCAGCUCAUAGUUGUGGAAAAAUCUCUGCAAGGUGACUAUUUCACUUGCAAUGAAGAAAUUAAAACCUUCCUUAAGGACAUUAUUGUCGCUGUUAAAAAACUGGUGGAAAUGAGAAAAAAGACAAUUGAGCUUCUGGAAAUUGAAAGCAUGGAGCUGAGCAGACUCUACUUUCUGCUGGAGACUGUGCCCGACAGCAUCAACAGGGAGCUGGAAGAAUGUGUCAGAGACGCUCGCAAACUCAAUAUUUUGGAAGUGAAUCAGAUGAGAACCAAGGUGGAGAGGAUGGAUAAUGAAGUUGAGUUUCUGAAGAAGAGAAUAAGCGAUCUGAAGGAGGUGAAUGAUGCUCUGGGUGUAAAGCAAGAAGAGCUGACAAAACAGCAUGAGAAGUUUGUCCUAUUGCUGAACCAAACCCUGGAAGAGAAAGCCGCGGCUACUAUUUAUAUCAACGACACCUACACCAGAAUAAACUUUGAGAAAGAAGAAAUAGUGCUCCAAAAUCAAUGUAUGCAAGAGGCGAGUGAGUUGAUGGAAAAACAUAGAAUAGAGUAUUACGAAAAGAAAGACCAGUUGGCUACCCAGAUGAAAGAGUUUAAGCAAUCCUGUGAAGCAAGCAGAAAGGAAACAUAUGGUAAGAAGAAAGAACUGACCAGACUACAGAAUAAAAUCAUAAAAAUGAAGCAAACAGUUACCACCAGCACAGUGAUGCUUACUGAUCACAAUUUAGAGAUGACACGACUACAGGAAUCAUUAGCCAUUUGGGAGAGAAAGGUAGAAGACAUGAAGAAAGUUUGUACAAACAUAGAGGAAAAACUGUUGUUUUUUCAGACUCACCAGGAGCACCUGGAUAACACUUCUUCUUUAAAGAAGACUGGGAUCUUGAAUAAAAUAGAGCAGCUGGGGGAUAAACGACAGAAAGCCCAAACAGAAAACGAAUAUCUCCGAGAGAGACUCCACUCACUCAUCAGACAGUUUAAGGUGGUUGAGAAGGAGGAGGAUGAAGUGUUUUUGCAGAAACAGAAGGUCGAUGAUGAAAAUCAGAAACAGAUCGCACUUAUUAACAUGAAAGAAAAGUUGCUGGCACAAAGAAGAGUCGACAUCAAAAGUAUGGAAGAUGGAUAUGGAACCCUACAGGAUCUUCUUGAAGCAACAAAGGAAGUAUAUCGAAAACAAAUAAAAGCCAUGAUUGUAAAUCUAGAAAGAGAAACUCAGAGAAGUGUCGUUAACCAGUGGAAAAUAGCCUGUUCGAGAAAAAGGCACGCGCGUUGGCUGGUUAAGAUAAAGGUGACCAUGCGAAAGAUUAUAAGUCAAAUUGAGGAAGCAGAAAAGAGUCGAGUUGAUUUACUUGAAGAGACAAGACAACGAGAACAGGAGAUCCUUACCUUUGUGGGUGAAAUCAAGAAACUGAAAGAGGAGUUAGUGGAAGAAGAAACUGAAUUUAUCAAAAAAGAAAAAAGGUUAAUGCAAGAAUUAUCCAAAUAUGAGGAUCUGAUUAUGAAGGAAGCGCAGAUUAACAAAGAAAAGGAAGAGGAACUUGGGGACAGCCUCCCACAGCUUCAGGUAGCGGAAGAGGAGUACAAGGAGAAGAACAGGGACCUGAAGUCCCUCCACAGUGAUAUCUCAGCAAAGAAGCAAGAGGAGAGUUUAUUGAGCAACUUCAUUUUCCGUUUUAGAAAGGAUAUCAUCAGAUACACAGACAACACGGAAAAUUUGAAGCAAGAAUUAAAACAUUUACGAGAGUUUGAAAGUAGAAAAAUCAAAGAGCAUUUUGAAUUUCUGAAGAACUUAGAAAAUGAAAUCUACGUAAAUGACCAAAAGGCGACCCUUCUCAUCCUGGAAAACCAAAAAUUAAAAGAAUGUCUUGCCUACCUGAAGAAACAAACCGAAAUGUUCAGGGAAAAGCAAAAGACAACAGUGCAGAACUUGGGUGAUCUGUCUUGGCAACUGAUAGUUCAGCACAAACACUAUUCAGAUUUCCUGGUACAAUUUCAGAUCAUAAUUAAGGAAAUGAUGAACGUUGGAGAAGGUACUUUGCAAGAAAUCAAGACUCUAAUAGAGAAGCUGCAGUACAGGGGUUUUAGAAUCGAGACCAUUAGUGCCUGGCUGCAGGGGGGCAUCGAAAGACUGCGUCUUCUUAUGACCGAGGAUUCACCGUCCGAAAUUCUCCGUAAACAGGAACUCGCCAAACGCGACAAGAAGCAAAAGAAGAAGAAAAAGAAGGUCUAUUUUCCUCCAGCCAUUCGUAUUAGGAGAAAUGCCUUAACAGAAACAACAGAAUCUCAGAGAACCACAGGCAAUGUGAGUGCAUCUAAGUUCGUAAGUCUUCAAAGUUGCCAUGGAGCAGAAUCAGUGAAUAACCUUUCAAACGCUACAAAUGGAUACACACGGCCAGAUCAUUAG